AGUAAAUCACGCUCGGCGAUGGAGAGAAGAAGCUUCUGGCGUAUGAAGACCGACUUACCGAACCCCGGGAAAUUCGAGGAUAUUAGUCAAGAAUCGAAUAAGAUAUUUCAUCUUGACACCUAUGAGGGGAUCAUGAUUAAUUUUCAACGCGGACUGAGCAACUCGUUUAUGAUUGACCAUGCGAUGCAUCUACAACCUUCAGCGGAACAAUAUGGCACAUAUCACUUUGGGGCGAAUUUCGCUGAGGGAAAGCACUUGCUACUGAGUAAGACAGCUACGAAUGGUGAAGUUUUUGCACGAUACAUUGGAACUUUGACUCCAAACUUUUCCCUUAACAUGCAAGCUCAGCUCGUUCCGACUCCUCACAAUUCCCAUGCUUUGAUCACCGCGGACUACAAGGGCUCUGAUUGGUUUGCGCAAUGCAAGAUUGGUUCCAUGGCUCAGUUUGGAUUUUCUUAUCUCCAGAGCAUCACACGCUCCUUGUCGUUGGGCCUUGAUUUCAUGUAUCUAGGACGGCCUCCGUUCAACCAGCCGCCAGUCAGCAUCAUCACUGCGGGACUGCGUUAUUCUACCGAGAGGCUUGCCUUUGUCUCCAAGCUCACGUCAACAGGACAGCUCCAAGCUUCUUAUGUCCAGAGGGUGCGAGAUAAUCUUACGUUCGGAACGGAGAUGUCUGUAGACGUAGCCUCCACCGAGUCGCUUUGCGCUGUGGGCUACGAGUAUAGCACGCAGGCGGGAUCUUUCAAAACAAACUUGACGACGGAUGGAAAGGUUACUUCAAUCUUUGAAAAAACGUUGUCGGAAGUGUCCUCGAUGUCCUUGUCUGUCGAGGUUGAUCACAAGAAGCAAGCAUGUAAAUAUGGUAUAGGGUUUCAACUGAUACAGUAA